AGUAUAAUGGAGUUCCUAUGUCUGUGUGUUUUACAGAGAGAACAGUAGCAUUUAUGGAGAAUGCAGAUCAGAUUGGAGACCUGCAAGAAACACCAGAGCCUCUAGGUUUGAAUUGUGAAUCUUUCUGUCGAUACGUCAACGCCAUUAACAAUAUGCCACGCAACAUUGGCAAGGAUGGCAAGUUCCAGCUGCUAGUUUGUCUCGGGGCGAGAGACCGACUGUUGCCGCAGUGGCUCCCUCUACUGGCCGAAUGCCCCAUCAUCACACGCAUGUAUGAGGAGAACGCGUUACUGCGAGACAAACUCACAGUCAGCUCUCUCAUCGCAGUUCUGGAAACGCUCCAUGACUUCCCCAUCACACUGGAGAGCUCUCUAACUAAAAGCGUUGAGCUGUAACUCCACAUGCUGAGGUCAAAUUCAGACUGCUCCCCUUCUCUGCUGCCACCCCCAGGGCCAAAGCGGCUCUACAAAUACUCUGCCUUGUGUGUUCUCUGACCAGGGAAGGACUGAGGACUUAUCGAAGCAUCUCAAACGACUGCUCCCCCAAAGAAAUGAACUCAGAAGUGUGUUUUGUAGCAGUAUUUGGAGUUGUGCUCUUUCUAAUUGAAAGCGUUGAUGGAUUUUUUUGAGUAGACAAACUGUUUUCCUGUGGAUUUUGCUUUCAAACAUGUGGUCAUUUCCUCGCACAUCUGUCUGCGAGUCGAAUCCGCUAACGUUUCUGCUUCAGAUCAUGUGCAGUGCUUUAGAAAGCACUGUUUUUUGCAAAGUAUGUCAGGAUACAGAGGAGCCUUAGUACUGAUAGAUUACACGUUCAAUAACCAUCAUUUGACAGGCAAAAAACUAUUAUACUUGAGGAAUUCAGGCAUGAAGUGUUUAUAAUGACUUGAAUUUUAUGUUUGGGUGUUUAAAACGAUGCUAUCGGUGUUCUGAUUGGCUGUUAGUUUGGAAAAGAGAUUCUUGAUAUUGGAUAGUCUGAAAUUGAAGAUGUCAAUUUGAAACAUUCUCCUGGUUAAAAGCCUGUCAAAUGAAUUUUCAGAGAAAAAGGACAUUCCAACAAGAUGUGAAUGUUGUAUGUUACAAAGAUAUGUUUAUAUGCGUGAUAGGAAUGUGCGUGUGUGUGGGGCUUAACAUUUGGGAAGAUGUUUAUUUUGCCAAUGAGUAUUAACUUCAUUCUUAGAUACUUCAGCAUCAUGUUUGAGUUUUUUAUUUUUAAGAAAGAAACACUGGAAAUCAUCGUAAAGCAAUAACAAGCCUGUUUCAGAUAGUUUUUUUGUUAUUAAACUUAGUCACAGUUAAAAUCUCUCAAAUAUGAAUUAUUACAAUUGUGGGGUGCUUUAAAUAUAAAGUUGUAAACCCUAGUAUUUACCACUAAUUGAAGGUCUAAAUGCAGCAAUUAUUUUGUAAAUCCAUGUUUGAUUACUGCAGUACUUGCACAUUACUUAGAAAUGAAUAAGUAUUGUCCUUAAACCACCCUUUAUGUUUGUUCUUUUAUGCAUCAGUUUUAAUCCGGAAUCCCUGCUGAGAGAAAUCAAGUAGUAAUUACAUAUAAAUUACAAAUGCUAUAGGAUGAAUAACAGCUUUGAAUCUCUUCAUUUUACUUAAGUUUAGGUUUUUAAGACUCUCAGCAUUUAAUCUAAGAGCUGUGUAGCACGUCGACCUGUUUAUUUUCUUUCUUUCUUUUUAUAAUGACUCCGAUCAUUUGUAUGUAUUUAUUUUCGAAUGAUGCUUUUGUGACACUGGUUGAUUUUGGAUUGACGCAAUCUUGGGGUGAUUUAUGCAGUAUGCUGACACUGUAUCAUUUAUU